UCCGAGUCUUUCUGGACGGGUUUAGGAGGAUCCCUUCAUUUAAAAACAGUCGAGUAAAGCUUAAUGUUGAUGGAGACCUGAAACAACCUCUCAACACGGGCAGCGCCAUCUUUGUUUCACCGGAAGUUAUCUGGUCCGUCUCCACUUUACUUUCGAUGAGAGCCUUCGUUUCCGGUGGGGUCGAUUUUAGUGUGACACACAGUGAGUUGAGCAGUUUACUUUCACCUGCUGGUUCAUUUCUCCUCUAAGCUAUGUCUCAUGGAGCUCCAGGAGAAAAUAACUGUACCGAUAUUUACAGACGUGGACAAAGACGUGUUUCUGCGAGACAUUUAUCCACAGCGCAGACCGGCCGUGCUGAGAGGACUUAAUCUUGGACCAUGUCUGGAAAAAUGGAGGACUGAGUAUCUCUGUGAGAAGGGCAGCGACAAGGAAGUGAAGAUACACGUGUCCACUGUGCCACAGAUGGACUUUCUGCACAAAAACUUUGCAUACAAGACUCUGCCCUUCAGGGAGUUUGUGAAAAGAGCUUCUGAAAAGAUUCACUCGGAUUUCUUCCUCUGUGAGGAUGAGAGCUAUUAUCUUCGGUCACUAGGAGAGGACGUGCGAAAGGAACCUGCUGAUCUGAGCAAACAGUUCCCAGACUUGGCAGCAGAUUUCCACAUCCCAGAGUUCUUUGCACCGGAUCAGUUUUUCUCCAGCGUGUUCCGCAUCAGCUCCUGUGGUCUGCAGCUGUGGACGCACUAUGAUGUGAUGGAUAACCUGCUGGCUCAGGUGACAGGGACGAAAAGAGUGGUACUCUACAGCCCCCAGGAUGCAUUGCACCUCUACCUGUCAGGUGAUAAAUCAGAGGUGCUGGACAUCGACUCCCCGGAUCUGAAACGAUUCCCUGAGUUUGUGAAGGCAAAGAGGUUGGAGUGUGUGCUGGAGCCUGGAGAUCUACUCUUCAUCCCAGCCCUGUGGUUCCACAACACCCUGGCUCUGCAGUUCGGUGUGGGCGUCAACGUGUUCUGGCGACAUCUUCCUGCUGACAGCUACGACAAAAAGGACCCGUACGGGAACAAAGACCCCGUGGCUGCCACGCGAGCCCUCCAGGCCCUGGAGAGAGCGCUGCACACUUUGGAUGAACUCCCAGCUGAUUAUCGGGACUUUUACGGACGCCGGAUGAUACAGCGCAUCCAAAAGAGGACAUACUGCGAUGGUCAGUCGAGAACUAUUGCACAGCAGGACUCUGAGAGUUCGACUCCGUGCAGUCAAUCCACCAAACCUGGAUGAGAGUCUGGAGAAAUGCAAACAAUAAAACACUGAAUUCAUGCUACGCUGUGAUUGUUCAACAGUAAACCUUUCUCAAAGACCCUA